CCGCUCCCAGCUUCCUCCGCCGUUGGCGUUCUGCUGAUAUCCAGUUGCCUGGUUCCUCCAGCUGCCUCUCGAGCUCCCUGCGAUCAUGAUCAAGUCCCAGCGGAACGCGUCUAGCACCGUCCGCAGCUUUAGCAGCCGGUCCUACACGCCUGGCCCUGUCAGCAGCUCUCGAAUCAGCACGUCUUACGUGUCCUCCGGCUUCGGGGGCAGCAGGUAUGGCGGAGGCGGCAGCUUCCGCGGGGCCUCCGCAGGCAGCCUAGGUGGUAUCACGGCUGUCAGCGUGAACAAGAGCCUGCUGGCCCCGCUCAACUUGGAGAUUGACCCCACCAUCCAUCAAGUGAAAACCAAGGAGAAGGAGGAGAUCAAGACCCUCAACAACAAGUUUGCCAACUUGAUUGAUAAGGUUCGCUUCCUGGAACAGCAGAACAAGAUGCUUGAAACCAAAUGGAGCCUCUUGCAGAAUCAAAAGACAACACGGAGCAACAUGGACAGUAUGUUUGAGGCCUACAUCAGCAACUUGCGCCGGCAGCUGGAGAACUUGGGUCAGGAGAGGGCAAGGCUGGAUGCUGAGUUGGCAAACAUGCAAGGCCUGGUAGAAGACUUCAAGAACAGGUACGAAGAUGAAAUCAACCGUCGUACUGAGAAGGAGAAUGAAUUUGUCCUUCUGAAGAAGGACGUGGAUGAGGCUUAUAUGAACAAGGUGGAACUGGAAUCGCGCCUGGAAUGUCUGACUGACGAGAUCAACUUCCUGAGGCAGCUUUAUGAUGAGGAAUUGCGUGUCCUGCAGUCUCAGAUCAGUGACACCUCUGUGAUCCUGUCCAUGGACAACAACCGCAGCCUGGACUUAGAUGGCAUCAUUGCUGAAGUCAGGGCACAGUAUGAAGAAAUUGCUAACAGGAGCCGGAGUGAGGCAGAGAAGAUGUACCAGAUCAAGUAUGAAGAACUCCAGACUGUGGCGGGCAAACAUGGAGAUGACCUCCGCAACACCAAGAAUGAAAUCAAUGAGCUGAACCGAAUGAUAACCCGGAUACAGUCAGAAAUCGAUGGUUUGAAAGGCCAGCGUGCAAGCUUGGAAGCUGCAAUCACUGAAGCAGAGGAGCGUGGGGAGCUGGCUGUGAAGGAUGCCAACAACAAGCUCGCUGAGUUGGAGGCUGCCUUGCAGCGAGCCAAGCAAGACAUGGCCCGCCAGCUGCGGGAGUAUCAGGAGCUGAUGAACGUCAAGCUGGCCCUAGAUAUAGAGAUCGCCACCUACAGGAAGCUGCUGGAGGGAGAGGAGAGCAGACUGGAGUCUGGGAUGCAGAAUCUCAGCAUUCAAACCAAGACAACUGGUUAUUCAGGUGGCCUAAGCAGUGGCUUCAGUAGCUAUGGGGGUGGCUACAGCUCUUCCUACUCAAGUGGUGGAUACUCCAUAAAUGCAUUGCCACUGGAGAGCUCGGCCAUCAGCAAGACCAAAGCCAUUGUCAUCAAGAAGAUUGAAACCCGGGAUGGAAAGCUGGUGUCUGAAUCUUCAGAUGUGCUGUCGAACUAGGUUGGCGUAGUCUUGAGAUGGAAGUCCUAAUGGUUUUAAAGUGCCUGAAUCCAAUGAGCCUUUCUUAAUUUAGCUAAGAUGAUGAGCCACAGGGCAGGAGAGAGGGAAGAGAUGCCUUUGUUUUCUCACUGGACUUUUUUCUAGAAGGAAGAAUUUGUCUGUCAGAAACCCAUGGACUACAGCUCCCAUCAGCCCUUUUUGGCCAUGCUGGAUGAGGCUGGUGGAACUUGCAGUCCAGCUGCAACCGGAAGUCCAUAGCUGCUUUAGAACAUCACAAAAUGUUGCCACUGAAUCACGUAUGAGAUAUGAUCAAGGAGAAAAAGCAAGGCACGCUCCAACUGCAUUCCCUUUUCCUCCACAACUUGAGGGAAAAGGAACUUGCUCACAUGGAAUUGUGUGGCCUUGACAGUACCCUGUCAGUAGGAGCAGCUGUUGAAAAGAGGCAACAGUUCAGAUCUCUGGAAAGCAGCUUUCCCAAGCUACGGUGGGCAAGAAGUCCAGCUCUUUUAGACCACUGUAUGUAGAAAUGACCCACUCAGGAUUGCAGUUUGUAAUCUUCACAUUGUUUUAAAGCUGCCCUGUUGUAUUGUUCACCCCUCUUGCUAUUUGCAUAUAAUUAGGUCACAUUUUCAAUCAAAACUAAGGCUGGAAACAUUUUAUAUUGAAGGACAGGGGAAUGGGGGGGGGAAUUUCACAUGGGUGUGUUACAGGAGACAGCAACUUCUAUCAAUGAUCAUACUGUACUAGUUAAAGAUGAUGGGAAUUGCAGUCUACCUGUCUCGAAUAGAAGAGGUAACAUGGGAGCAGAGUUGGGCAGGAGCACAAAGCAAGUCAGUCUGUGAAUAUUUUAAAAAACUCCACAUGGUGUCCAUUUUAUUUGAAAUAAAAGUUUUCUUCCAAUCUUUGAUAGUAAA